AUGUUGCUGGUCAGUGGUAGAAUAGGCCACCGGACCUGCGUGAUUGUGAGCAUCACGUUUUUGCCUUUUCUUCCAAGUGAACGUCACAGACAACGAGGGUUUGGAGAAGGCGCGAUAACAGAAUGUUGCCUCUGUUUACUGGGAGCUUCAGUGAAAACUGUGGGCCUGUAUGGAGGAUACAGGAAGGCCCAGUAUGUUAAGCAGAGACUUCAAAUGAUAAGGUUUUCAACAUUUUCUUUUAGGUGUGGUUUUGCAGGAGAAACAGGACCAAGAUGCAUUAUUCCUAGUGAAAUAAAGAAACCUGAUGUCGCAAAGCCUGUCAAAGUUGUUCAGUAUAAUAUUAAUACAGAAGAGCUAUAUUCAUAUCUGAAGGAAUUUAUCCAUGUGCUGUAUUUCAGACAUCUGUUGGUGAAUCCCAGAGACCGCCGUGUUGUGAUCAUAGAGUCUGUCUUGUGCCCGUCGCGCUUCAGAGACACGCUCACGAGAGUCCUUUUCAACCACUUUGAGGUACCUUCUGUUUUGUUUGCUCCGAGUCAUCUAAUGUCUUUGCUGACACUUGGGAUCAAUUCUGCCAUGGUGCUGGACUGUGGAUAUGCAGAAAGCUUGGUGCUGCCUAUAUACGAGGGAAUUCCGAUUCUGAGCUGCUGGGGUUCUCUUCCUCUGGGAGGAAAGGCUAUCCACAAAGAGCUGGAAUACCAGUUGCUGGAGCAGUGCACAGUUGAUACAGGCUUAGCCAAGGGACAAAGCCUUCCGUCUGUGAUAGGCUCAGUUCCAGAAGACAUCGUAGAGGAUAUAAAAGUCCGCACAUGUUUUGUGAGUGAUCUCCAACGUGGACUGAAAAUCCAAGCAGCCAAGUUCAACAUGGAUGGCAGUGCUGAGCGGCCUUCACCGCCUCCGGACGUGGACUAUCCGUUAGACGGAGAAAAGAUUCUCCAUGUAGUUGGCCCCGUCAGAGACUCUGUUGUCGAAAUACUGUUUGAACAGGAUAAUGAAGAGACGUCUGUUGCCACUUUGAUCUUGGAUUCACUCAUUCAGUGUCCCAUAGACACCAGGAAGCAGUUGGCAGACAACUUGGUAGUUAUUGGUGGCACUGCGAUGUUGCCAGGAUUCCUUCACAGGCUCAUGGCUGAAAUCAGAUACCUGGUAGAGAAAUCGAAAUACAGAGAAGCUCUCACCACGAAAACCUUCAGAAUUCACACUCCACCUGCCAAACCCAACUGCGUGGCGUGGCUGGGAGGAGCCAUUUUUGGAGCGCUUCAGGACAUACUUGGGAGCCGGUCUGUGUCCAAAGAAUAUUACAGCCAGACAGGCCGCAUACCUGACUGGUGCUGUCUUAAUAACCCUCCACUGGAAAUGAUGUUUGACGUUGGAAAAGCGCCCCCACCGUUGAUGAAGAGGGCUUUUUCUACUGAGAAAUAAGCACCGAAAUGCUACGUAAGGAUUCUCCUCAUUGCUUUCAAGUAGGUAUAAGUGCGUUGGCUUUUUUUGUUCAUGAAGCAA